AUGCCCCUCCGCUUCGCAUCCCUGGACAUCCCCGCAGGCGCAGACUUCCAUGUGCACCUGCGCGAUGGCGCCAUGAAGGACACCAUCGUGCCCACCAUCCGGCAGGGCGGCGUGAACCAGGUCUACGUCAUGCCGAACCUGGUGCCGCCCGUGACCACGGUGGCCCGGGCCCUGGAGUACAAGGCCGCGCUGCAGAAGCUUGACUCCAGCGUCGACUACCUCAUGACCCUGUACCUGCACGAGACCUUCCUCGAGCGCGGAGGAGAAAAGGACAUCAUACGCGAGGCGAAGGAGGCUGGGAUCGUGGGCGUCAAGAGCUACCCCGCGGGAGUCACUACGAACAGCGCGUCUGGCGUGCUGUCGUAUGAGCCGUUCUACCUACUCUUCGAGGCCAUGCAGGAGGCAGGCCUUGUUCUCAACCUCCACGGGGAGUGCCCCUCGGAUCACAAACAGGGAACUACGAUCCUCAAUGCAGAGUCCAAGUUCCUCCCGACGCUCAUUAGCAUCCACCAGAAGUUUCCCAAGCUAAAGAUUUAUGUUCGAUUUCCCAUGUCUUCUAUCUCCAUCAUAUCCUUCGUCUCUGGGCUCCAUCAUUGUCUACCAAAGAUACUCGACAAUUUCCUCGACACAAAGAAUUGCACAACCGCCGAAGCCGUCCAAGCCGUACGCAGCUGCGGCGACACCGUCGUAGGCACCAUCACAGCGCACCACCUCUUCCUGACAGUGGACGACUGGGCAGGCGACGUCUUCUGCUACUGCAAGCCCGUUGCCAAGCUACCCCACGACCGCCUGGCCUUGCUACGGGCCCUGCUCCAGAGCAAGGUCCUGACAGCCCUCGAGGAAGCCGUCGAGCGAGGAGACAUCAAGUCCUCAGACGUGACACCCGAACUGCUCCAAGGUUUCCUCUCAGACUACGGCCGGAAGUUCUACGGCGUCUCAAACCCCAAGAACGAGAGGAUCACACUUCGCAAGGGCGAGGAGGUGAUUAUUGACUCGGUCAAGGGCGACGGCUUGGAAGUCGUGCCAUUCAGAAGGGGCAAGACGACGUGGAGCGUCGAGUGGAAGUAA